AUGGCUUCACCCUCUCCUUCCGACCCGACUCCUCGAGUUGUUCCCCACGUUCCCAUACCCAGAAGAGGUGUUGAUUACCGAGGCAAAGUGGUUCUGGCACCCAUGGUACGGUCGGGAGAACUGCCUUCACGGUUACUGGCACUGAAAUACGGGGCAGAUCUGGUAUGGGGGCCCGAAACAGUUGAUCGAUCUAUGAUCGGUACCACGCAGCAAACAAACCCUCGGACAGGUUGUAUAGAGUGGACACGGAUGUCAAACAACAAUCCCAAGUCUGGUGUACCGCCCAAGGAGUCAGUCAUAUUUCGCAUCGACCCAAAAAGAGAAUCGGACAGAUUGAUCUAUCAAAUCGGUACGGCUUCGCCCGACUAUGCUGUUCAAGCUGCGGCCCUCGUUGCGCCAUAUGUGUCCGGAAUCGAUGUGAAUGCAGGUUGUCCGAAGCCGUUUUCUACCUCUGGUGGUAUGGGUGCGGCACUGUUGCGCACCCCGGACCUUCUUUGCAACAUACUCACUGCGCUCGUCACCAAAGUCGGCAUCCCUCAUGAGAUCGGAAUCAGCGUCAAGAUCAGAUUGCUCGAAACGCCGGAAAUGACGUCCACGCUGGUGAACAAGCUUUGUAACACUGGCAUCGUAGGCUUGACCAUCCAUUGCAGGACAACCCCUAUGAGGCCGAGAGAGCGCGCAAUCCGCGAUCAAUUGCGCAUGAUUGGGGAGAUCUGCAGAAACCAUGGUGUGGCUUGCUUAGUGAACGGAGAUGUUAAAUCUCGAGAAGAAGGGCUUGCCAUUGCAAAGGAGUACGAGGUUGACGGAGCAAUGAUUGCUACAGCAGCAGAAGCUAAUUCCUCCGUCUUUCGGCCCAAAGAUCAAGGUGGUGUGGCGUCCUGGCGGGAAGUCGUCAAAGAGUAUUUGCAACUGGCAAUCAGUGUGGAAAACAAAUGGAGUAAUACGAAAUUUCUCCUGUCCCAGCUGAUGCCUGGCAAGAAUCCUGCCUAUCAACCUGUGCAGAUGUCACGGAGCUACAGCCAGGCGCUAUCAAUCCUUGAGAUUUCCGAUGGAGAGAUGGUGGAGAAAGCGAAGGAGGUGGACCAUAUCUUGAGCCUCGAUGCCCCUAAGGUUACAAAGACAGAUAUCAAGCGCCAAAACAAGCAGCAGAACAAAGAAGCUCAUCAGAAGAAACAAGACAAGAAGAGAGCAUUGGAGCAGUCCGACCAUCAAACCGAACCAGGUUGCAAUCCAAGUCAAGAACGGACGAAGAAGCAGAAAGUGGAAAUUGCUGCCGAAAAUGCAGGGUUUGAAGGUGUUGGGCAAGGGGCUAUGGCAGUUGCAGUCUGA